AUGGCUGCCCUAUCUUCGACAUCCAGCGCCACCAAUAACCAACAACCAACGAACGGUCACCCAAAUCCCAAAACCAAUGUCGCAAGGACAAAGAUUCUGUUGCUGGGUCUGCGAAGAGCGGGGAAGACAUCCAUCCUCGAAGUUCUCUUCAAAGACCUUCCUGCAAAACAGUCAUUUUAUCUGGAAACAACGAUGCGCAUCAUGACACACAAAGUCGAUACAGUCAUUCCACUGGAAAUUUGGGAUACACCAGCCAAUGUCACCGUCGAUACCCUGGGGGCACCACUGUCGGACUUUGCAACGAUCAUCUUCGUCAUUGACAUCCGGGAUCUGUACAAUCAACCAAUAUCCAAGUUGGUAGAUUUCAUCGUCGCAGCCAACAAAGAGAACCCCAAUAUCCACAUCGAAGUCUUUGUUCACAAAGCAGAAAAGUUGCAGGAGGACGACAAGAUUGAGAACUACCGCCAGAUCAACGAGAGAGUGCUUGACAGACUUAUCGACAUAAACCCCGACUAUGAACACCUUCCAAUUAACUUUUACCUUACCUCUGUUUACGACCACUCCCUCCAUGAAUCGUUCUCCAAAGUGCUUCAAAGUCUGGUCGACUCUUUGCCGUACCUAGAAGAUCUCCUCAACGUUUUCUGUGCUAACUCCCAAUCACCCAAGGCUUUCCUCUUCGACGUGAGAUCACGGCUGUAUGUCGCAACAGACGCAUCCCCAGUGGAUUCGGCUACACACAACCUCUGCUGCGACUACCUCCAAAUGCUGAAUUCGUUCGGUCCGCUAUAUCGCUCCAUCACUUCAGGCUCGGUUCGGCAGCGUCCCCCACCUCAGACCCCACCUCCUACCGCUUCCUCCAGUUCCUCCUUGGCUGCCGGCUCUGUCUCUUCGUCACCGCCUGCUGCAACCCCCAUAACACCUGUCGUUCACCCUGCCAGUCGGAAACAUCCAAAGGAACUCUUCUACCCGAGUGCGGCGACGACCCUCCAUCCGGCUACUCCGGGAACGACUCUGACCUACCAUCUCAUUACGCGCAACCUUGCACUACUGGCCGUUCUGCCGACUAACGUGUAUGAGAAACGGCGGGGGCUGCUGGAGUACAACAUCGUAUUUUUCCGAGAAGGUAUUCAAGAGAUCUGUGAUGUGGAGGAAGAGGCGCGAGAAGGCGGAUAA